CAGAAUACCAUUUGUUCCUACUAUGAAUUCUCUGUUGAAAUGUUGGGGCAUUUGACUGAAAAAUCCUUAGCCUUUUUAAAGGUAGCUUACAAAUGAUUAGAAGAAUUGAUUCUUUCUGAGUCUUAUCAAAUUAUUUCCUGUGACACAUAUCUGUUGUUUACUCGUGAAUAAGAAACAGACUUCUUAGAAAUCACCUGAACCAGACCUGGGAGUUCGAAGGAAGUAGGCACUGGAGCAAGAAAAAUGGGCUGUGAUAGAAACUGUGGACUUAUUGCUGGCGCUGUCAUUGGUGCAGUUCUGGCUGUGUUUGGAGGGAUUCUGAUGCCAGUGGGAGACAUGCUUAUUGAGAAGACAAUUGAAAAGGAAGCUGUCCUUGAAGAUGGUACAAUUGCUUUUGAAAAUUGGGUUAAAGCAGGCACAGAAAUAUACAGACAGUUUUGGAUCUUUGAUGUGCAAAAUCCACAGGAAGUGGUGAUGAAUAGCAGCAAAAUUAAGCUUAAGCAAAGAGGUCCUUACACAUACAGAGUCCGUUAUUUAGCCAAAGAAAAUAUAACCCAGGACCCUGAGAACCACACAGUCUCUUUUUUGCAGCCUAACGAGGCCUUCUUUGUACCAUCAAUGUCAGUAGGAACAGAGAAUGACACUCUCACUGUUAUCAAUCUGGCUGUAGCAGCUGCACCUCAUCUCUAUCCAAAUGCCUUUGUUCAAGUGCUACUUAAUUCACUUAUCAAAAAGUCAAAGUCUGCCCUGUUUCAAAGGAGAACUGUGAGAGAGUUCUUGUGGGGCUAUAAAGAUCCUUUCUUGAGUUUGGUUCCUUACCCUAUAGACACCACAGUUGGUUUGUUUUAUCCGUACAAUGAUACAGCAGAUGGAGUUUAUAAAGUUUUCAAUGGAAAAGACAACAUAAGCAAAGUUGCCAUAAUUGACACAUAUAAAGGUAAAAAAACGCUCUCCUAUUGGUCCAGUUAUUGUGACUUGGUCAAUGGCACAGAUGGGGCCUCGUUUCCACCUUUUAUUGACAAGAGCCGGGAGUUGCAAUUCUUUUCCUCUGACAUAUGCAGGUCAGUCUAUGCUGUGUUUGGAGGUGAGAUUGACCUGAAAGGAAUCCCUGUGUUUAGAUUUGUUCUUCCGCCCAAAGCCUUUGCAUCUCCAGUGCAAAAUCCAGACAACCAUUGCUUCUGCACAGAAAAAAUUAUCUCAAAAAAUUGUACAUUGUAUGGUAUACUAGACAUCAGCAAAUGCAAAGAAGGAAAACCUGUGUACAUUUCACUUCCUCAUUUUCUACAUGCGAGUCCUGAAAUUUCAAUCCCUAUUGAAGGCUUACAUCCAAAUGAAGAAGAACAUAAAACAUACUUAGAUGUUGAACCUAUAACUGGAUUCACUUUACAAUUUGCAAAACGGCUGCAAGUCAACUUAUUGGUCAAACCAGCAAAAAAAAUUGAGGCACUAAAGAAUCUGAAGCAUGAAUAUAUUGUGCCUAUUCUGUGGCUUAACGAGACUGCUACCAUUGGUGAUGAGAAGGCAGAAAUGUUCAGAAAUAAAGUGACUGGAAAAGUACACCUUCUGCGCCUGGUAGAAAUGAUCUUACUCAGUGUUGGUGUGGUGAUGUUUGUUGCAUUUAUGAUUUCAUACUGUGCCUGCCGAUCAAAGAAAGUAAAAUAAAUUGCAAAUGAAUCUACAAUUAUAUACCAGUUACAUCAGGACAUUGCCAAUGUUGAUAUACAAAAAUGAAGAUUUGAUGUGGCUUUUUACCAAACACAGGUUUAUCUUUUAGCUGAAGAAAUUGGUAGCAUUCUAUUUCUAAGCAACAUGAGUAAGAGGUCAUUACUUUGAGUUAAAAAAAAAAAAGCACCAUUUAAAAGGUAUCCUUUACACAAAUGAAAUGAGUUUAGUUUCUAUAAUGAAGCAAUUAUUUUUAUCUGGUACUGAUUCACUAAUUGGCUCCCUGGUGGCAAAUUCUGCAGAGGAGUGGAUGUUCUAGAAAAUCCUGAAUCCUGAAUUCUGAUCUCCUUAUCGAAGGGGAACACACCAUCACCCUUGGUAGCUCCCUAUUGAGUUGAACAGUGACAACAGGACUGUCAGUUUUUCACAUUUCACAAGCACUAUUUUGAAAGACAUUUGAGAAUUGAAAAAAUAUAGUUAUGAGCCAUUUAUUAUAUAUUACUUAAAUUUCUUUCUCUAGGAAUUCUUUGUACAACAAGAGCAAGCAAUAUAACCAAUUUCUUUACAACCCCAUGGGCUUAUAUUUUUGUGUCAUUAAGUAUACCCAUGGUAUUUCUCUUAGCAUAUUCAGGCUCUUUGUGUUUAAAGACCUUCAUUUCCUCAUUCUUCAACUAUUCUGAAUUCAGUGGAUUUUAUUUUUCUGCUGUUAUAAUUUAAUGCUUGUCAACUUGAGAAUGCUGUGCUAAUAGUAAGAGAUGUAAAUUAUAAUAAAAGGAUUAUUGUAUGGAAAAUGAUGGUAUGUGCAUUAGUAAUCAUGUGCUGUAAUAGUCUUGCUUUUAUGGUCACCUCAGAAAGACUGGUUUCAAGCAUUAAAAGAUGU